AUGGCCACCACGAAGACUCCGAAGGGUAAGGCGACCAAGGCGUCGGACAAGGACGCGAAGGCCAAGGCCGCGAAAAAGGCCGCGCUUCACGGCACGCACGCACACGCUGCGCGCAAAGUGCGCUACUCAGUCUCUUUCCACCGCCCCAAGACUCUCCGCCUCCCCCGUAACCCCAAGUACCCCCGGAAGUCCAUUCCUCAUGCUCCCCGGAUGGACCAGUUCAGGACGAUCGUGUCGCCGCUGAACACGGAGUCGGCCAUGAAGAAGAUUGAGGAGCACAAUACCCUCGUCUUCAUCACUGACAUUCGCGCGAACAAGCGUCAGAUCAAGGAUGCCGUGAAGAAGCUCUAUGAUGUCCAGGCCGCCAAGGUCAACACCCUGAUCCGCCCCGAUGGCACAAAGAAGGCGUACGUUCGCCUGACGGCCGACCACGACGCGCUCGACGUCGCGAACAAGAUUGGCUUCAUCUAA